AUGGGUCGCUUAGCCACUAUAUCGACCUGUCAACUCAAUCAAUGGGCGCUUGAUUUUGAUGGCAAUCGUGACCGCAUCGUAGAGGCCAUCCGUCAAGCCAAGGCAGCUGGAUCUAAACUGAUACUCACGCCGGAGCUCUGCAUCCCGGGAUACGGACUGCUUGACCACUUUCAAGAGCUUGAUACAUUCUCUCAUUCCUGGGAAAUUCUGGCUGAGAUCAUCAAACACCCCGAGACUCAGGACAUCAUCGUUGAUCUUGGCCUACCUGUCCGUCACAACGAUGUUCCUUACAAUGCUAGAGUGCUUGCUCUGAACGGCGAGAUCCUAGCCAUCAGACCCAAAAUCGACCUCUGCAAUGACGGCAACUACCGAGAGAUGCGUUACUUCACUCCUUGGACCAGAUACCGCGUCGAUACGUAUACAUUGCCCUCAGAAAUCCAAGAACUCACCGGCCAGACCGAAGUGCCCAUUGGAGACAUCAUCUUCCAGACCCUAGAUGCUACCUUUGCGUCCGAACUUUGCGAGGAACUAUGGACACCCGACUCGCCGCACAUACAGUAUUGUCUUGCUGGCGCGGAGAUCAUUCUUAACUCUAGUGGUUCUCACCAUGAGCUGCGUAAGCUCGACACGCGCAUCAAUCUGAUCACAAAUGCCUCCAAGUCAGGUGGAGUAUACAUGUACUCGAAUCAGAGAGGCUGCGACGGAGAUCGCUUGUACUACGAUGGUUGCUCCCUUAUCGCAAUCAAUGGCCAGACAGUCGCCCAGGGCAGCCAAUUCUCCCUUCGCAAUGUCGAAGUCAUCACAUCUACUGUCGACCUAGAUGAUAUCUGGUCCGCACGUCAAUCUCGUAGCAGAGGCAUGCAAGCAAUAAAAGCCCACGAAUUCAAGCGGGUCAAGGUCGACUUUGCCAUGACCCAAAAGAGCCAGUCCAACCGCAAUCUUCGGAUCGCAGAGGCGAUCGAGCCACGUUACCACAAGCCCGAAGAGGAGAUUGCUCUUGGCCCUGCGUGUUGGCUCUGGGACUAUCUGCGAAGAUCCGGAGCUGGGGGCUACUUCGUACCUCUCAGUGGUGGCAUUGACUCUUGCGCAACUGCGACCAUCGUGUUUUCUAUGUGUCGGCUGGUCGUCGCAGCCAUCAAGGAAGGCGAUGAAGAGGUCAUCAAAGACGCAUCUCGCUUAUGUGCCAACGAUGAUGUGACCAAGAUGUCCGCCCAGCAAUUCUGUGGUAGAGUGUUCUCUUCCGCCUUCAUGGGUAUGAAGGAGCAGUCCAGCAAAGAGACCCGUAGUCGUGCUGAAGAACUCGCCAAUGCGAUCGGUGCCCAUCACAUUGAUUGUAAUAUCGACGAAGUGUUCAACGCUGUCAAACACCUUGUGUCUACCACCCUUAACUUCGAACCCAAGUUCAAGGUCCACGGUGGAAGCAAAACGGAGAAUCUCGCACUACAGAACUUCCAGAGCCGUACGAGAAUGAUUCUGUCAUACGCUUUUGGUCAACUCCUUCCUAUCUCCCAGGGACGUACAGGACCUGGCUUAUUGGUGCUCGGAUCGGCCAAUGUCGAUGAAGCCCUUCGUGGCUAUCUUACCAAGUACGACUGCAGCAGCGCAGACAUCAAUCCCAUCGGUGGCAUCAGUAAGACAGACUUGAUUCGCUUCAUAGCAUGGGCGGAACAUGCAUUCGAGCUACCAAUCCUGCAAGAGUUCAUCGAUGCAACUCCCACUGCUGAAUUAGAGCCUAUCACAAGCGACUAUGUCCAAUCAGAUGAAGUCGACAUGGGCAUGACAUACAAGGAACUAUCGGUCUACGGUUAUCUCAGAAAGGUUCGCAAGUUUGGUCUCUAUUCGAUGUGGGAAAAACUCUGCGUCGACUGGCAAGAUCAACACACUCCCCAAGAGGUGUACAAGAAGGUCCGCGACUUCAUGUUUUACUAUCGCGUGAACAGACACAAGAUGACGACCAUCACACCAGCGUACUAUGCCGAGCAAUAUGCGCCCGACGACAACCGCUUCGAUCUUCGUCCAUUCCUGUACCCGUCCUUCGAUUUUGCGCACAGAAAGAUCGAGAACGAAUUGAGGUUGAUGGAGGCCGGAGAAGCUGGCGGCGCAGAAAAGAAAUGA